UUCCGUUUCACUGCUACCAUCACCAAAUUCGGUUUCCUACGUCUUCAUCCACUCUUUGAUCCCAAAAAGUUCCCCAACCCUAACCCUAAAAUUUCCCUUUCUUCCCAAUCGGAAUCGAAUUUCUUAGUUCCUUGUCGUUUUUCAGGCAGCGAAGAUGGUGUUGGCGCAGUUAGGGGGCAGCAUUUCGCGUGCUCUCCAGCAGAUGAGCAAUGCGACCAUAAUCGACGAGAAGGUCCUCAACGAGUGCCUGAACGAGAUCACGCGGGCCCUUCUUCAGUCCGAUGUGCAAUUCAAGCUCGUCCGCGACAUGCAGACCAAUAUCAAGAAGAUCGUAAACCUCGACGACCUCGCCGCCGGCCACAACAAGCGCAGGAUCAUCCAGCAAGCUAUAUUUAACGAACUCUGCAAGAUUUUGGAUCCCGGGAAGCCUUCUUUUACUCCAAAGAAAGGAAAGACGAGUGUUGUUAUGUUUGUAGGUUUACAAGGGUCGGGAAAAACCACAACAUGUACAAAAUAUGCAUAUUAUCAUCAGAAAAAGGGCUGGAGGCCUGCUCUCGUUUGUGCGGAUACAUUUAGAGCUGGUGCUUUUGAUCAACUGAAACAGAAUGCCACUAAAGCUAAGAUUCCAUUUUAUGGAAGCUAUACAGAAUCAGAUCCUGUGAAAAUUGCAGUGGAUGGUGUGGAAAGAUUUAAGAAAGAAAAUUGUGAUCUAAUAAUUGUUGACACCAGCGGGCGUCACAAACAAGAAGCUGCUCUUUUUGAAGAAAUGCGUCAAGUUUCGGAAGCCACGAAACCGGAUCUUGUUAUAUUUGUUAUGGAUAGCAGUAUUGGUCAGGCUGCAUUUGAUCAAGCUCAAGCUUUCAAGCAAAGUGUUUCAGUUGGAGCUGUAAUUGUUACCAAAAUGGAUGGGCAUGCAAAGGGAGGUGGUGCUCUCAGUGCUGUUGCGGCAACAAAGAGUCCCGUCAUAUUUAUUGGAACUGGAGAGCAUAUGGAUGAGUUUGAAGUUUUCGAUGUUAAACCAUUUGUCAGCCGUCUCUUAGGUAUGGGUGAUUGGUCUGGCUUUAUGGACAAAAUUCAUGAAGUUGUUCCUAUGGAUCAGCAGCCUGAGCUUCUACAAAAGCUCUCGGAAGGGAAUUUUACAUUAAGGAUUAUGUAUGAGCAAUUUCAGAACAUACUUAAAAUGGGCCCAAUUAGCCAGGUUUUCUCAAUGCUUCCAGGUUUUAGUGCUGAGCUAAUGCCAAAAGGUCGUGAAAAGGAAAGUUCAGCGAAGAUCAAGAGAUACAUGACCAUGAUGGACUCAAUGACAGAUGAAGAGUUGGAUAGUACGAAUCCAAAACUCAUGAAUGAGUCUCGAAUGAUGCGGAUAGCACGAGGAUCGGGUCGUCAUGUUAGAGAAGUAUCGGAGAUGUUGGAAGAGUACAAGCGCCUUGCUAAAGUAUGGAGCAAAAUGAAAGGUCUUAAGAUUCCUAAGAAGGGUGAAAUGAGUGCAUUAUCACGGAAUAUGAAUGCACAACACAUGAGCAAAGUCCUUCCCCCGCAGAUGCUGAAGCAGAUUGGUGGCAUGGGUGGCUUACAAAACUUGAUGAAGCAAAUGGGAUCUACGAAAGAUAUGAUGGGGAUGUUUGGAGGUGGAGACAAGUAGAAACUGCCCCCAAAUCUAAUGGUGAGUUUUAGCUUGCUUCCUACGGCUAUAAGCAUUGCCUUGUCAGACAAAAUGGCAGAGAUGCAUCUCUACGCUAGUUGAUGCUACCGACCAACCUGUUCUCCCAGAUACUUGUUUAUAUUUAGAGGGCCACUUCCGGUUUAAUCAUCAGCUUCAAGCAUAGUGGAAUUUUGUUUUCAUAUGGAGUCGUCAGCCUUGAAAGUUUCCUUUCUGUAUGAAUGUAUGUGUGUAUUUACUUAA